AUGGCCGAGAAGACUGCGCGGGUUUCCGUCGGUCAGAAAGACUCUCCCGGAGUCAGUGUGUCAGACAAUUCGGAUCAAGAGUCGCAGCAAGUUCAAGUUUACGACAAUGCUACUUUUCAGGUCCAGGGGGGUCAUGAAUUCUACCGUCCGAUUGAUAGCUAUGAAGGAAUUCAUCGCUGGGACCCGGAAUUUGAAUGGACGGAGGAGGAGGAGCGAAAGAUCGUUAGGAAAAUUGAUCAUCGUGUCCUGACCUUCGCCUGCGUGACAUUCUUCGCCUUGCAACUUGAUCGAGGAAAUAUCGGUCAGGCACUAGCCAGUACUUUCCUGACCGAUUUACGCAUGACGAGUAACGACUACAACUUGGGUCAGACGAUCUUUUUGGUCUGUUUCCUUCUGGCUGAAAUGCCAUCUCAGUUGAUAUCCAAGAGACUGGGACCCGAUCGCUGGAUUCCUAUUCAAAUGAUUCUGUGGAGUAUCGUUGCAGCAUGUCAGGCUUUUAUCAGAGGAAAAAGCACGUUCCUAGCCACACGCGCUUUAUUGGGAUUAAUAGAAGGUGGCUUUAUCCCAGACACUGUCCUCUUUCUGUCAUUCUUUUACAAAUCCAAUGAAUUGCCCAAACGACUCGCUUGUUUCUGGAUCUCGUUGACCUUGACUGGAGUUAUCGGUGCAUUUUUGGCUUUCGGGUUCCUCCAUAUCAGACUUUCCGAUGAUGGGGGCGCCUGGCGAUAUCUGUUUGCCUUUGAAGGUCUGAUAACUGGAGUGAUUGGAAUCAUCGCUGUGUUCUGGAUGCCCGCUUCUCCGGUCCAAACAAAAGGAGGAUGGCGCGGCAGAGAUGGAUGGUUCACGGAGCACGAGGAAAAAAUCAUUGUUAAUCGAGUCAUUCGUGACGACCCAAGUAAGGGAACCAUGCACAACCGACAAGCUGUUACGCCGAAGUUGUUAUGGGAGUCAAUCCAAGACUACCACAUGUGGCCGAUUUAUUUUCUUGGAUUGAUUUGGAUGAUUCCCUCGACCCCAGCUACGAACUAUCUCACGCUACAAUUGAGACAAGCUGGAUUCGGGACCUUUCAGACAAAUUUGUUGGCGAUUCCGGCUGCUGUUGUUGGGAUCAUCGGUCUCGCAUCCAUUACGUGGAUUGCGGAGCGAACUCAGCAGCGGUUACUUUCUGGUGCCGCGGUGGAAGUGUGGAAUCUUGUUCUUCUGAUCGCAUUGGAAGUUUUGCCUGAGAAAAAGCUACCGUGGCCUAGAUUCGCUAUUCUGACUCUUCUUGUCGGAAGUCCGAGUAUACAUCCGGUCAUCGUUGCUUUGACAUCACGAAAUGCGGGCUCUGUACGAACUCGGACUGUUGCUACCGCAUUAUACAACAUGUCUGUUCAGAUCAGUUCUAUUGCGGGCGCUAAUGUCUAUCGAACCCACGAUGCGCCAUACUAUAAACAUGGAAACAAAGUCCUUAUUGCACUGGCGGUGGUCAGUCUGUUUUUGUUCAUUGGUUCGAAGUUUUACUACGAUUGGUGCAACAAGCGUAACGCAGCGAAGUGGGAUGCAAUGACAAGCGAGCAAAGGGAAGACUACCUACGUGAAACCCCUAUCAUGACUAAUAAGAGAAUUGACUUCCGCUUUUCUCGGUAA